GGCGCCGGGGACGGGCGAGGGCGAGCGGCCGGGCCGGGCCGAGCCGAGCGCGCGAUGCCGCACUUCACCGUGGUGCCGGUGGACGGGCCGCGGCGCGGCGACUAUGACAACCUGGAGGGGCUCAGCUGGGUGGACUACGAAGAGCGAGGCGAGCGGGAGGACCCGGACGGACCCAGCAACCACAGAGAGAACAGCCCUUUCCUCUGCUCUCUGGAGGCUUCCCGAAGCAGUGACUACUAUGACCGGAACCUGGCACUGUUUGAGGAAGAGCUGGAUGUCCGCCCGAAGGUAUCAUCUCUUCUGGGCAAGCUCGUCAGCUACACCAACCUCACGCAGGGCGCCAAGGAACAUGAGGAGGCCGAGAGCGGGGUGGGCAUGCGCCGGAGAGCCGCCAAGGCUCCCAGCAUGGGCACCCUCAUGGGGGUGUACCUGCCCUGCCUGCAAAAUAUCUUUGGGGUGAUCCUCUUCCUGCGGCUGACCUGGAUGGUGGGCACCGCCGGGGUGCUGCAGGCCCUCCUCAUUGUGCUCAUCUGCUGCUGCUGUACACUGCUGACUGCCAUCUCCAUGAGUGCCAUCGCCACCAAUGGCGUGGUUCCAGCUGGGGGCUCCUAUUUCAUGAUCUCUCGUUCACUGGGGCCAGAAUUUGGAGGUGCUGUGGGCCUGUGUUUCUACCUGGGAACAACGUUUGCAGCAGCCAUGUACAUCCUGGGGGCCAUCGAGAUCCUGCUGACCUACAUCGCCCCACCUGCUGCCAUUUUUUACCCAACGGGUGCCCACGAUAUGUCAAGCGCCACCUUGAACAACAUGCGGGUUUAUGGGACUAUAUUUUUGACCUUCAUGACCCUGGUGGUGUUUGUGGGUGUCAAGUAUGUGAAUAAAUUUGCCUCACUCUUCCUCGCCUGCGUCAUCAUCUCCAUUCUCUCUAUCUAUGCCGGGGGCAUCAAGUCUAUCUUUGACCCUCCUGUGUUCCCGGUCUGCAUGCUGGGCAAUAGGACCCUGUCUCGGGACCAGUUUGACAUCUGCGCUAAGACCACAGUGGUAGACAAUGAAACGGUGGCCACCCAGCUGUGGAACUUAUUCUGCCUCAGCUCCAACCUCACCACUGACUCCUGUGAUCCCUACUUCCUGCUCAACAACGUGACAGAGGUCCCUGGCAUCCCUGGUGCGGCAGCCGGCGUGCUCCAGGAGAACCUGUGGAGCACCUACCUGGAAAAGGGUGAGGUGGUAGAGAAGCCUGGGUUGGCAUCCGCAGACACUACGGGCCUACGGGAGAAUCUGCCCCUGUACGUGGUGGCCGACAUUGCCACCUCCUUCACAGUGCUGGUGGGCAUCUUCUUCCCCUCAGUAACAGGUAUUAUGGCUGGUUCCAAUCGCUCUGGGGAUCUCCGGGAUGCCCAGAAGUCCAUCCCAGUGGGCACCAUCCUGGCCAUUGUUACCACCUCCCUUGUGUACUUCAGCAGUGUAGUUCUCUUUGGCGCCUGCAUCGAGGGUGUGGUGCUUCGGGACAAGUACGGCGACGGUGUCAGCAGGAACCUGGUGGUGGGCACACUGGCCUGGCCUUCACCCUGGGUCAUUGUCAUUGGCUCUUUCUUCUCAACCUGUGGUGCUGGCCUGCAGAGCCUCACUGGGGCACCGCGCCUGUUGCAGGCCAUUGCCAAGGACAACAUCAUCCCUUUCCUCCGGGUGUUUGGACAUGGGAAGGCGAAUGGUGAGCCGACAUGGGCACUGCUCCUGACAGCACUCAUCGCAGAGCUGGGCAUCCUCAUCGCCUCCCUAGACAUGGUGGCGCCCAUCCUGUCCAUGUUCUUUCUGAUGUGUUACCUCUUUGUGAAUCUGGCCUGUGCUGUACAGACGCUCCUCCGGACCCCCAACUGGCGGCCUCGUUUCAAAUACUAUCACUGGUCGCUGUCCUUCCUGGGCAUGAGUCUUUGCCUGGCACUGAUGUUUGUGUCCUCCUGGUACUAUGCUCUGGUUGCCAUGCUCAUCGCGGGCAUGAUCUACAAGUACAUCGAAUACCAGGGGGCUGAGAAGGAGUGGGGUGACGGGAUCCGAGGCCUAUCCCUGAGUGCCGCUCGCUAUGCAUUGCUCCGACUGGAGGAGGGGCCACCUCACACCAAGAACUGGCGGCCCCAGCUGCUGGUGCUGCUGAAGUUGGACGAGGAUCUUCAUGUCAAGUACCCACGGCUUCUCACCUUUGCCUCCCAGCUAAAAGCCGGCAAGGGCCUGACCAUCGUGGGCUCUGUCAUCCAGGGCAGCUUUCUGGAGAGCUAUGGCGAGGCCCAGGCCGCAGAGCAGACAAUCAAGAACAUGAUGGAGAUUGAGAAGGUGAAAGGCUUCUGCCAGGUGGUGGUGGCCAGCAAAGUGCGUGAGGGGUUGGCCCACCUCAUCCAAUCCUGCGGCCUGGGUGGCAUGAGGCACAACUCCGUGGUGCUGGGCUGGCCCUAUGGCUGGCGACAAAGUGAGGAUCCGCGGGCCUGGAAGACUUUCAUUGAUACUGUGCGCUGCACCACAGCAGCUCACCUGGCCCUGCUUGUGCCCAAGAACAUCGCAUUUUACCCCAGCAACCAUGAGCGCUACCUGGAGGGCCACAUUGACGUGUGGUGGAUCGUGCAUGAUGGAGGCAUGCUCAUGCUGCUGCCCUUCCUGCUGCGCCAACACAAGGUCUGGAGGAAAUGCCGGAUGCGCAUCUUCACGGUGGCCCAAAUGGAUGACAACAGUAUCCAGAUGAAGAAGGAUCUGGCUAUCUUCCUGUACCACCUUCGCCUUGAAGCUGAAGUGGAGGUGGUAGAGAUGCAUAAUAGCGACAUCUCGGCAUACACCUAUGAGCGGACCCUGAUGAUGGAGCAGCGCUCACAGAUGCUGAGGCAGAUGAGGCUGACCAAGACGGAGCGGGAGCGAGAGGCUCAGUUGGUCAAAGACCGACACUCUGCCCUGCGGCUCGAAAGCCUGUACUCAGAUGAGGAGGAGGAUUCUUCUGUGGCAGGGGCUGAGAAGAUCCAAAUGACAUGGACCCGGGACAAGUACAUGGCCACCGAGCCAUGGGACCCCAGCCACGCGCCUAACAACUUCCGGGAGCUGGUGCACAUUAAGCCGGACCAGUCCAAUGUGCGGCGCAUGCACACAGCCGUGAAACUCAAUGAAGUGAUUGUCACUCGCUCACAUAUGCCCGCCUGGUCCUCCUGAACAUAGCCUGGUCCGCUCCGUAAGAAUAGCGAAGGGGACGAGAACUACAUGGGAGUCCUGGAGGUGCUGACUGAGGGCCUGGAGCGAGGUGCUGCUAGUGCGUGCGGUGGCCGGGAAGUCAUCACCAUCUACUCCUGAGCUCAGUAUUGGCAUGUGGCCUGGAGUGGAGGUGCCCUGGGGGAACAGCCCCUUUUCCACCCGCCUCCCUGGGCCCAGCUUGGCUUGGUCUCCCUGGAGACUGGACCUGGACCUGCUGAUGGAGACAGAACUGAGGUCCUAUAGAACCCUGAGAGUUUUGGUGGCCUUCCCUAUCCAGCACCCCAGGAGGCCCGCCCUCGUUGGAGAAGACUGUGAGGUUGCUGGGGGGUUCGAAGGAAACUGAUCCUGGAUAUUUAUUGCAUAUUUAUUGUUCAGAUGUCACCAAGAGAGAAGAGGGGAAAGGUAGCGGGGACGGCCCAGCCUGCCUGCAGGCCAGGGACCCCCACGGAGCCAGGAUGAAUGGAGCUGGCCAGCGGAGACCUGACUUUUUUCAAUAAAACAUUGUGUAAUUCUGGG